ACUGUUCUUCUCGUACCUCCAAGGGCUCUCUUGGUACAGCCGUAAAAUCGGUGUUAUUCUCUCACCUAUAUUAAAGUCCUUUUUGCAAUAAUGGCAGCGUACACUGGUCCAUUACGCUCUCGCGCGAUGUCCUUCCCUACGAAGCCAGUCCUUAAAGAUCUUUUUCGUCGACGUGCUUCCGUGUCUCUUGAUUUUCUCGUCGUUGGAGGCAGUAUCGCAGGUCUCGCCUGUGCGUACAAUCUAAAACAAGCUGGGCAUAAUGUACGCGUAUUAGAGCGGUCUAAUGGUCCAGGGAACGUAUCUGGAGGCAUCCGAGUUCCGCCAAAUAUGACGAAACUUCUUAUGCAUUGGGGAUUGGGUGACAGAUUGAUCAAGACUGGUGUGCGGUGUCCCUACAUAGAGUUCCUCGAAAGCGAUACCGGAUCGUUCCUUAGUUCUCUGGUGUUUCACGAAGAAGUGAUGAGAGAGCUUCAAGCUGACAUGUAUGGAUUGACAGUGAGUACAAAAAUAGCUGGCGAUCAUCUCGACACGGCACUCAUCCGACGCCCCGAUCAACAGUAUUCGGAUCUUUAUUCAAUGAUAUAUGACAUCACGGUUGCAUCGGGAGUUAAUGUAGAGUACAACGGCGAGGUGGUAGAUGUGGACGUGGACAAGCCAAGUGUUACAUUGGCAUCAGGGCGGAAGUUACGUGCGGACAUUAUUGUCGGUGCAGAUGGAGCAACAAGUAUAGUGCGCGAGAAAUUGGUUGGACGUAAAGAAAACCAUAGACCAGGGCCGUUAAACGGCUAUACAUAUACUGUCCCUGUCAGUAAGAUGAUGGAAGACCCCGAACUUAGGCCACUAGCGGAGAACAAGGGAGUGUGGAUAGUUUGGAUGGGAAAUAAUACCUGCGUCUUGACAUUUUUGGUUCGACCAGACGAGUAUGCGAUUCAACUGAUUCAUCCCACUAAGAAUGCCAGGCAUGACUGGUAUAAGCUAACGAAUAUGGCGGCAAUUGUGGGUAAAUUUGAUGACUAUGAGCCAAGAGUGAGACGUCUUUUGCGGCUUGCAACGCAAGGUGUCGAAACACGGCAUAUCAUACAAGAACCGCUGGAAGAUUGGUACAGUGAAAAUGGCCAUGUGGUAGUCCUUGGGGAUGCAGCCCAUGUAUUGAACCCUGGAACGAGCCAUGGUUCUUCACUGGCUGUGGAAGAUGCCGCAGUUCUCGGUUCUCUCUUCUCUCGGUUGCGUACACGUAGCUCACGCGAAAUUCUGCGAUUGCUGGCUGCGUACCAAGAAAUUCGAGAGGACCGCUGUAUCGAAGUCACGAGAACCGAGUACGAAACUUGUGCAUUUUCAGUUCUGCCCAGGGGGGAUCCUAGACGCGAAGAGCGAGAUCUUGGAUUUGCUGCCUCACGGGAUAUGAAGGUUCUCGAUUGGGAAAAUCUCGACGACCCGUUCCUACAACGCAUUUGGGAGCAAUUCAAGGGUUCUUUCGGCUACGAGGCGUACGAUGCCGCGGAUGAUUGGUGGGUAGAUUGGGGUAUUAUGCAAGAACGGAUGGCUGCAUCAUCAAUGGCUGUUAUCGAGAGCUACGAGUCCUCGCAGAACGGCGAAGGCACGGAUCUAUACAACUAAUGUUCGCUUCUUUUUAGACACUACGUCCUUCCUCGCUUUUUUAUAUAUCCUUCUUGCUCAAUCGAUGACUUUUGAGUGUUGCUGUCAUCUCUGGGCACAAUCUUCGUUCCUCAGCCUAAAUUGGUUACCGUUCUUUACCAAAUUCGUAGACUUCCUUUAACUCUUUAUAUUUCGUGUACAACUCGGAAAUUUCUGCUUAGUCGUGUUUAGUAUAAUAGCCGGUCAACUGUUCUUUCAUUUAUUCUCGGAAUUAG